UCCCACCUCAUCUCCACCACACUCCUCAAUCAAUUACUUACAAAUAUAUCCACGUCCUCUCACUUUCAGUAACCAGAAAAAGAAAAAGCACGGCCCCCCUACUUCCCAGAAGAAUUAGCACGACAAAAACAAAGAAAAUACUACUACGACAUUCCAGAAAAAAGAGAACCGUACAAUCAUCAAAAUGGAUCAUCUCAAAUUUGUAAUACCAGCCAGUGAGGCUGAAUCGGUGGCCCAAUCAUUGGGUCUCCCCUCCGUCCUCCACCUCCUCCCCACCUUGGUUCAACCGGCCCAGUCCCUUGCUCGUCCUCCCAUCUCCAAAUUCCCCGUCGGGGCCGUCGGCCUCGGCUCCGACGGCCGCGUUUUUAUAGGCGUCAAUCUCGAGUUUCCUGGUCUCCCCUUAAAUCAAUCCGUCCACGCAGAGCAGUUCCUCUGCAACAACCUCGCCGUCCAUGGCUGCCCUCGCCUCAUUGCUCUCGCCGUCUCCGCCGCCCCUUGUGGCCACUGCCGCCAGUUCUUCCAAGAACUCCGGGAUUCUUCCUCUCUCCAAAUCCUCAUCACCUCCGACCACCCAAAUCAAAACUUUUCAAAAUCUCCCCUCCCCUUUAAGCCAUUGCCGGAAUUCUUAACCAACCCAUUUGGCCCCUGUGAUCUGUUGGAUAAAGAAUCUCCCCUCCUCCUCGAACCCCAUAGCAAUGGGCUAUCUUUUGAUACUUCCCGAAAACACGCAAAUUUGUGCAAUGGAUAUUCAAAAGAAUCCGAACUUGAUGGGAACUUUAAAAAUUUAAGCAAUGGGUUUAACGGAGAGCUGGAAGAAAGUGAGGCCCUUCUGAGGAUAGAAGCAUUGGAGGCUGCCAACAAGUCACAUGCACCGUAUAGCGGGUGCCCAUCCGGGGUGGCCCUGAUGGAUCCCGAAGGGAAGGUGUACAGGGGAUCAUAUAUCGAGUCUGCAGCAUAUAAUCCGAGUUUGGGGCCGGUUCAGGCUGCACUGGCGGCGUAUAUAGCUUGGGGAGGAGCUGGAUACGAGAGGAUUGUGGCGGCAGCUCUGGUGGAGAGGGAAGGUGCUAAAGUCAGUCAUGAGGAUACUGCGAGGUUGCUGUUUAAGAGGGUCUCACCUAAGUGUGAGUUUAGGGUGUAUCAUUGCUCUUCUGUUGAGAAUGGAUGUAAAAAAUCUUCAGAAUGAUCUGAGGUAGCAAAUAGUAUUCAGGGUCGAUGUUGUGAUUGAAUUGCCUGCAAUUGUGGAUUUUGUACGUCAGAUAUCUCUAUCGGAAGUGAAGGGAUGAGUCAAUAAUAUUUGAGAAUCUAAUAAGUUCUUCGUUUCUAUAAA